AUGGGGACGGAACUCAGAAGCCCGGGUUCCGAUGAAUCAGAAGCUUCCGAAAAUCAGGAGAUGGUGGUGAAUAUUGGCGGGGUGCGGCACAUUUUGUACGGGGAUGUUCUAAAUCGUUACCCGAAGAGCAGACUGGCAGAGCUGCUCAACUGCAGCGGGUACGAAGCGAUAUUUUCCCUUUGCGAUGACUACGAUCCCAGCAAAGGAGAGUUCUACUUCGACCGCGACCCGGAUUCUUUCAAAUGCGUAAUGGACGUUUAUUAUUUCGGAGAAAUCCACAUGAAAAAAGGGAUUUGCCCCAUUUGUUUCAAAAACGAGCUAGACUUCUGGAAAAUCGAAGUGGACUUCUUGGACGAGUGUUGCAAAUGCCUGUUGGGCGAGAAAAAUGAAGAGCUCGAAGAAAUCGCACAACAAGUGCAGCUUAUUUUGGCUGACAGAGGGAAAUCGGCUGAUAGCUGUUGGGGUAAAUCUCAAAAAUUCCUCUGGAAACUGAUGGAAAAGCCCGAUUCGUCCUGUCUGGCCAGAGUGAUUGCAGUUUUAUCUUUUCUGUUUAUUUUAAUUUCUUCCGUGGUGAUGUGUGUGAGCACCAUUCCUGAUCUCCAAGUGACUGAUGAGGAAGGGAGUCCAAUGGAACAUCCAGUCCUCGACUCCAUCGAAACGGCUUGCAUCGGCUGGUUUACAGCCGAGUAUGUACUCAGGCUGGUGUCGGCCCCCAACAAACUGAAAUUUGUACUUUCUUUCAUGAACAUUAUCGACGUGCUGACGAUUCUGCCCUUCUAUGUGAGCCUGAUCUUGACUACAGUCGGGGCAUCUCUGAUGGAGCUGACUAAUGUCCAGCAGGCGAUCCAAGCUCUAAGGAUCAUGCGAAUAGCAAGGAUUUUUAAACUUGCGCGCCACUCCAGCGGUCUCCAAACACUCACUUACGCACUUAAAAGAAGCUUCAAAGAAUUGGGGUUAUUGCUCAUGUACUUAGCAGUUGGCAUUUUCGUUUUCUCGGCUUUGGGCUUCACAAUGGAACAAAGCCACCCAGAAACUCUCUUCAAUAGUAUUCCUCAGUCUUUUUGGUGGGCGAUCAUCACCAUGACCACUGUUGGAUACGGAGAUAUUUACCCAAAGACAACUUUGGGGAAACUCAACGCGGCUAUUAGCUUUCUCUGCGGCAUAAUAGCUAUCGCGUUGCCUAUCCACCCUAUUAUAAAUAAUUUUGUCAGGUAUUACAACAAACAGAAAGUUUUGGAAACGGCUGCAAAACACGAACUUGAACUAAUGGAGUUGAAUGCUAAGAACGGAGAGUCUGGAAAUUCCAGAAGUGAACAUGUAGACGUUGUGGUCACUAAAACCCAUAGCAAUAGUAAUCUCUCGCUGAGUAACAGUCUGCUAAAUUCUUACAACGACACUUUUAUUCCACUUUUAUCAAAGGAAAAACUGCAUCGAAAUAGGCUUCAAAGCUGCAAAUGA